AUGUCUAAAAUGGAUAAGACGGUUGAGAAAGAGUGUAUAGGAAAAGCGGGUGAUAUGAGCAAGUUCAAAAAGGUUGAUCUGACCAAGCUUGGUUUAAAGCAAAUGUUGAUUGACGGUUGCGAUGAUGAUUAUGAAAAAUGUAGAAGUGCACUCGAAAAGUCUGAUAAGAAAAUGAACGAUGAUUUAAUAAAAGUUGGAAAGUCUGCAGAUCCGAAGGAAUUCGAGAAAUUAACCAUGGAAAAGAACGUAAAGAAAGAGUGUGUAGGAAAAGUCGGUGAUAUGAGCAAGUUCAAAAAAGUUGAUUUAACCAAAAUUGAUUUAAAGCAACUGCUGAUAGAAAUAUGUGAUAAGGGCUAUAAAAAAUGUAUUGAAGCGCUAGAGAAGUCGAAUAAAAAGUUACAUGAUGACAUUACAAAAGUUGCACAAUCCAUUGAUCCAAAUGAUUAUCAGAAAUUUGAGAAAUGCGCUUUAGAUGUACUCAAGAAAUAA